AUGUUGUCUGCGUCCGACAGCAAGAAUGCCAUUGACUGGUGGCGUGUAAAACAUCGCAGUGAUGCAUCCGUUGAUUUCCUCGCUGAUUUGAUAAUGUCCGGCAAUGGGAACCCUCCGGUCCGUGUUAGAGAUGAACAUGGCCAACACCUCCCAACAGCCGGGGAGAAACCCAAACUUAUUCUGGGUGAAAUCCGGAAGGAAUCUCGCCAGUAUGGUAUUGGAAAACCUCCUGUUAAAAUACUUCGCAUGUUUCUUAUUGAUGGAAGUCUGAAUACAUGCAAGGCAGUGACAAACAGUAAUCUUACAAAGCAUUUACUCAAAGAUAAAAUGCUCUACCCUGAGGCAACCAUCACUCUGGAAGAUUAUGGCCUCAUCCGAUUGAGCCCUCAAAAUGGUGAUCAAUUCAAAGGAAUCAUCCGUAUCAAUAAGUUCACGUGGACACCAGCCCCAACUGGAAAAGUUGUAGACUACAGCUCUGAGGAGUCUGAUGACGAUGAUGAGAUGGAACGCCCUCAUAAGAUGAGGAGCUACCCUCUAAGCUGA